UGUAACAGUGCAACAGGACGGUGGUAGGUACCGUAUCUCCUUCGAUACUUCCAGUAGCCUAAAGAAUGGAUACCGGUACCGGUACAGGUACCGGUAUCCAAGUCUCACCUGGACAUAACUUUCAAGAAUUACAUUUCCGCGAAGGGGUGCAUGUUCUACAACAACGAACAAGAUCCCAGAACUGUCUGUGAUAGCUUCUUUGGUAGGUGCUGUGAUGCAGGUUCUGGACAAUACCAAAACGAGAAUCAAUGAAAUGAAUGCGAUCAACAAUCUUCAGCUGAUGCUUCGUACUUCCGCUGCAUUGUUUUGCUCCUUUAUGCAACCAUGAAGAAUCCUCGUCUCUCGUCCCUCUUGUUCCUGGCCGCAACCUCUCUCGGAAGCGGCAGUGCCUUGAUACGAGGCUCAAACAAUGAUCGCAAACCGAAGAACCCGUCCACGGAACCGCUCAACACACCCGCUGCUACAAGAAGUGCCAGUAGCACUGGUUUGAAGGCUCGUCAAUUGCAGUCUUGCAGUGAAGAUGAUACAUUCUUUGUCAUCCUGAGUUGCGAGAAUGUUUGUGGCGUGAAUGGUCUCGAAUUCAAAGCCGAACGUUUUUCCGGUGUGUGUGAGUUUGUCUCUGACAGCGUGAGUGCCACAGACGCAGCUCGGGCUCUUGGCUGUCCUAACGUCAAUGGAAGCUUUCGUUGCACCUACGAUGACGUUAAAGGAGACAUUGAUGGAGGUAAUUCAGACGCCAUGUGCGAUUUUUGCACUGCUCCUGACCCAAAUCCACCGCCAACUUCUGCGCUCACACCACCACCUACCCCCCUACCGACACCAACACCUACUCCUCUACCAACAAAAGCUCCAACUCCAGACCCUACCCCUCCACCCGCCAUUGAUGACCCAACAGCUGCCCCUGUGGCACAGGCCCCAACAAACCCCACACUUUCGUGCAACUACUUCGCGUCUUCCGAAUUGGUCGGUCUGGCCACCAACCAGACCCAACAGUGUUCAACCAGAUCUUCGUAUCAUUGCCAAACUUACUCGUACCGCGACUGGGAAGGCUACCUACGCUUCGAAGGUGGUUGCAGACCUGGCCAGGAAAGACCCUGUAGGAGGGAUUCCCUUUCUUGUGAAAGUUGCUCGACCGAUCAGUGCAAUUCUGUGGUCGUACCACCGCGGCGAAAACAUUGCUUCGAAUCCACAGCGUACCUACAGGACGCAUGGCUUGAUCUCUUGCCGUGGGCGCUUGCAGAUGGUUCCUUUUCCAUGGAUCAAGCUUCCAACAGCAUUGCAGCGGGUUUGCACGGUUGGCCCUUUGAAGAAUGGUGUGUCACCCGCGUCGAUGACUUCUCGUCGGUCUUUCGUGAUCUCUUUUACAGUUCAAUGUGCCAUUUGACUAUUCCAGUUGGGAUGUAUCCAAUGCCACCAGCUUUGAAGGGCUGUUUCAGGGAUUGGAGACAUUCAACCAGAAUCUGUGCAGUUGGGGGCUCCUGGACUACCAACAAGGCAUUCCAUCCACAAAAGACAUGUUCGUAGGCACAGCUUGCCCCACGACAGAGGAUCCUGACUUCAACGCAGUUCCAGCCGGUCCAUUUUGCCAUCCAUGUGCAUAAGUGUAGCUUGCCAGCUUGGUCGCAGUUGUAUCGAUCUUGGAAGCCCACUUUAAAAGGUAGCUGUCAUGGCUAGUUGCAAGACCAGAUACUGGAGAAGUCUAGUA